CGGCGUCGCAAGGAUUGUACGACUUUGGGAGCCCAUGACCAUGGGAGAACCCUCUAUUCAAAAGAUUCAGAGGCUUAUUGACGAGACCGUUGCUGCAGGUGCCAUUCUUGUUUGUGGCGGUAAACCCAGCAGUAGGUUUUUUCCGCCGACCAUCAUUACGAACGUCACGCCCACGAUGCCAAUUGCGAAGGAAGAGGUAUUUGGGCCCGUGCUUGUCGUGAUGAAGUUUAGCACAGACGAAGAAGCGGUGGAAAUAGUGAAUGCGUGUGAAUAUGGUCUUGGCUCUUGUGUCUUUUCAAAAGACGUCAGUCGCGCCAAACGGAUUGGGGCCAAAUUGAGGACAGGGAUGACAAACGUAAACGAUUUUUGCAUUAACUACCUCUGCCAGUCGUUGCCGUUCGGUGGAGUGGGGAUCAGCGGGUUUGAUCGAUUUGCCGGCAUGGAAGGUCUCCGUGGGAACUGCAUCGUUAGGGCCUCAACGACUGACCGCAUCCCCGGUGUGAAGACGACCAUACCGCCCAUUCUCCAGUACCCAAUCACAGAUGCUGCCUUUUCCUUCAUGGGGUCCCUAUCGCAAGUUAUCUUCGGACGGAUGCUGUAUUCCAUGAAAGGCAUCAUUAAACUCCUUACCAUUAAAUCUGAAACAUCGAAGAAAAACUAG